GGCAGGAAUGAGUUCGCACAUGCGCAGACCGGAUCGGGUACUGGCGCUGUACUUCAACGUGAACUUGGCGUGCUAGCUAGCUAGCUAGCUGCUAUACAGGAUUAGCUGUUAGCUUCAUGGAGAACGCCUUCCCAGCUGGAGACGAAAGCGACGCCAGCAAUGACGAGUGGGAUAUCGGGUGUUUGGAUGAAAAGUCUCCCCUCAACAAGGAUUGGGACGAUGCUGUACCAAACGCACAAGAUAACGUGUCAUUGUUGAAAAGAGCCAUCAGUAAAGGCGACGUUGGGACCGUUCAACAGCUGUUGGACGAUGGCGUGGAUGUGGAGACCAGGCUUGGCUUUGAAUGGACUCCUCUGAUGUGUGCCGUCAGUGUGGCUAAUUACGACCUGGCCAAACUGCUACUGGACAGAGGGGCCAGUGCCAACUUCAGCAAAGAUCAUUGGACGGUGCUCAUGGCCAGCUGCACAGCAUCUGCCAGUGAGGACAAAAUCGCUCGCUGUGUGGAGAUCCUGCUCUCCAGAAAUGCCGAUCCCAACAUGGUGGACAGGUCUCAAAUGACCUGCCUGAUGCUGGCAGCCAGAGAAGGCUACAGUAAGGUCAUCAACCUGCUGGUCUCCCACGGGGCCGAAAUCAACGUCCAGGAUGGAAACGGAUUCACGGCUUUGUCUGUAGCGGUGCAGUACGGCAGAGAGGAGGCCGUGCUGAAGCUCCUCCAGCUGGGAGCGGACAAAACUUUAAGGACGAAGGAUGGAAAGAGCCCUGCCGACCUGGCUGUGACCUUCAAACACACACAGAGUCGUGACGCCAGUGUCUGUCCACAGAUGGGCAGGAUUCUGGCGUCUUCGUCCCACAUCUCUACCGUUCAGGCCUUCAGCUCCAUGGAGGAGACCCUCUCAAAGUUCUUCAAGACGAACUCUGAUCCCCCACCUUCAAAGGAAAGUGUGACCAAGCUUGACGACCUCGAGCUCCUCCUCCACGGCCUCGGCCUCGGCUACCUCACUGACAUCAUGGCUGAAAAUGACAUCACCUGGAGCUACCUGUUGACCAUGGAGAAGGAGGACCUGGAGAAGGUUGGUAUCACAGACCCGGAGGACCAGCAGAAGGUGCUGAGUGCUGUGCAGCAGAUGCACCUGGACAAAGUGGACUUGGACACAAUCAGCCUGCCAGAACCCGCAGACAGCGGGAGUGAGGAUCUGCAUAACUUCCUGAUCAGCGUGAGGCACCAGUGCUGCUACCUGACGGAGACGAUCCAGGACGUCAUCGGACGUUUUCCCCGCCAAGCCUCUCAGCUCGUCUUCUCACUGGACCCAAAGAGGGAGGCCCAGGCCGUCUGCAACCAGCUGGUGGUCCAGACCAAAGACCUGCAGAAGGAAGUCGCCUGCCUCCGCAAUCUGCUAUGCCAGAUGGACGAGGCCGGAGAUUGCUGCCAGCUUCCUAAACCUGGUUCCCACGGUAACCGGAGGAUGCGGUUGACUCUGACCAGGGUCGCACUGAGCGCGCUCGGAGCCACCUUCCUCCUGCUCCUCUACAAAGCUGCCGGUGGGAAGGUUCACCUGCAGAUGUACAGGAGCGUGUGUUAGUCAGUUAAUGAGCUCAUCAGAAUAUCUUUGUGUUUUUGAUGAUGGUAGGUGAUUAAUUAGAUUAUGGAAGGACUGAUAUGUUUUACGAUGAAGUUUGACAAGACGGCCAUUUUUUUCUUUUCUUGCUGUAACAGUUUUGAUUCGCUGUUUGCUCCGUCUUGUCUUAGAGUUUAGUUCGGAAUACUUUUUUUUAUGUUU